AUGAAUGCCGACGUGGGAUCGUCCGGGUUGGCCAGGUCGGCCGCGGUCAAGCUGUCCGAGAUGGGCGCGCGCACCAAACAGCUGGGCACCGCCAUGCAGGACCCGCACCAGCAGCGGCGCGUCAUCCUGGUGAUCGUGUGCGUGGCGCUGCUGCUGGACAACAUGCUUUACAUGGUCAUCGUGCCCAUCAUUCCGGACUACCUCGCCGAGUUGGAGAACGAGCAGUCGGAGCACGUCCACGUCGUGCUGCGCCCCAACGGCAGCGCGUACAGCAACGGCACGGGCGCCGGUCGAGACACAAGCAACAACUUGGACGUCCAAAUCGGAGUUCUGUUCGCGUCCAAAGCCAUCCUGCAGCUGCUGGUCAACCCCCUCAGCGGCACUUUCAUCGACCGGGUGGGCUACGACAUCCCGCUGCUGAUCGGGCUGACCGUCAUGUUUCUCUCCACGUGCAUUUUCGCCUUCGCGGAGAACUACGCGACGCUGUUCAUCGCCAGAAGUUUGCAGGGUCUGGGCUCCGCGUUCGCGGACACGUCGGGCCUCGCCAUGAUCGCCGACAAGUACACGGAAGAGGGCGAGCGCAGCCGGGCGCUGGGCAUCGCGCUGGCCUUCAUCUCCUUCGGCAGCCUCGUGGCGCCUCCCUUCGGCGGGGUCCUCUACGAGUUUGCCGGCAAGCGGGUGCCCUUCCUGGUGCUCGCCUUUGUGUGCCUGGCGGACGGCUUUCUCUUCCUCACCGUCAUCCGACCCUUCAGCAACAGGACUCGAGAGAACAUGCCGGUGGGCACCCCUAUCUACCGGCUCAUGAUCGACCCGUACAUUGCGGUGGUGGCCGGCGCGCUCACGGUGUGCAACAUCCCGCUGGCCUUCCUGGAGCCCACCAUCGCCAACUGGAUGGAGAGCACCAUGCAUUCCACGCAGUGGCAGAUGGGCCUGACUUGGCUGCCCGCCUUCUUCCCGCACGUCUUCGGCGUGUACAUCACCGUCAAACUGGCGGCGCGCCACCCCAACUUGCAGUGGUUCUACGGCGCGCUUGGCCUGGUUAUCAUCGGCGCCAGUUCGUGCACGGUGCCCGCGUGCAAGACCUUCGGGGAGCUCAUCGCUCCGCUGUGCGGCAUUUGCUUCGGCAUCGCGCUGGUGGACACGGCGCUGCUGCCCACUCUCGCCUUCCUGGUGGACGUGCGCCACGUCUCCGUCUACGGCAGCGUCUACGCCAUCGCGGACAUCUCUUACUCGGUGGCGUACGCCAUGGGGCCGGUGGUGGCGGGCCAGGUCGUGCACAAUCUGGGCUUCGUCCAGCUCAACCUGGGCAUGGGGCUGGUCAACGUGCUGUACGCGCCCGCGCUGCUCCUGCUGCGCAACGUCUGCCAAAUGAGGCCAUCCUACUCGGAAAGGGACACCCUGCUGGAGGAGGCUCCGCAGGGGCUGUACGACACCAUCCGCAUGGAGGAGAGGCGGACCAAGAAGAAGAAGAAGAAGGAGAAGGGCUACAACUCGGCGGGCAACUGCCUGCCGGUGGACGAGAACGGCUUCGACGCCUUCAAAGCGCAGCGCUCGCAGUCCGAGGAGUCGUCCGGCACAGAGUUCACUUGAGGCGGGCAAACUACACGGGACAGCCCCUCCCUCUCCCUCCCGCGUGGAUCUCACCUUGUCAAAUUCCAAGUUAUGUGCAAUAUCAAACACCCAAUCACCAAAAUUACAAUGGUAUGAGUGACUUUUUUUUCUUGGUUCUAUAU